AUGGAUUCCAGAACAGCUGGUCUGCGGCCUUUUGUCGUUUUCUGUGUCGUUAUUGCCAGUGUUGGUGCCUUCAGCAAUGGUAUCAACACGAGUUCCCUCAACAUCCCUGGCGACUAUGUCAAGAACUGCCCUGAUGUGCCUGUUGGUGAAGUGACUUACUUUGAAGGCAGCUCAAUUCCUAAAUGUAUUCCUAUGGGCGAUUGGAUUUGGGGUGUCGCAACUGGUAUGUUUGCUGUCGGUGGUUUGCUCGGUGCCUUGGCUUCUGGUCCAUUGGCUGAACGAUUUGGUCGUCGUGACUCUAUGCUUAUGAUGAACACUACUUUCUUUAUCGGUGCUGCCUUGCUUUCUACCUCGACCACCAGUGGUCAGUUUGCAGUUGGAAGAAUUUUCGUUGGUGCCGGUUCCGGUUUUAUGACUGUCGUUAUCAGUAUGUAUAUUGCCGAAGUCGCACCCCCACCAACGCGCGGUGCUCUUGGUUGUUUCCUUCAGCUGUUCAUGACUUUCGGUAUCUUGCUUAUUCAAGCCAUUGGUCUUGGUUUGCGCUCUUCUGUCGGCUGGCGUGUUGCCACCGUCAUCACUGUCGCUCCUGCCAUCGUUCAAAUGGCUUUGUUGCCCUUUUGUCCCCGCUCUCCCAGAUGGCUUAUCUCUCGAGGCCGUAUCGACGAAGCCCGUGCCGAACUUUUGCGUCUCCGUAACGGUGAUAUUGAAGAAGAAUUUGCCGAUAUGAUCCUCGGUGUCUCCACCAGCCACAACGAAGACACCAAGAAGGCUCUUGCCGAAGGCGACAAGGAUUCUGCCUACGACAACGAGAAGGCAUCCAGCAACGCUAACAGUGGCUCGGUCGAUACCAACCUGUCAUUCUUCCAAGUCAUACGUAUUCCGGUACUUGCUUGGCUUACUCUCAAGAUGUGUAUCGUCCACGCUUCUUCCCAGCUUAACGGUAUCAACGCCAUUAUGUACUACUCGACCAACAUUUUCGCUACCUCGUUCGACGGUGAUGCUCCCUACGUCACUGUUGGCGUAGCUGGUCUCAACGUCGUCGUUACCAUUAUCGGCCUUUUGCUUGUCGAUAGACUGGGUCGCAAGUUCUUACUCUUGUUCUCUUCGAUGGGCAUGUGCUUGUUUGCCGCCAUCAUGACCAUUGCCCUUCGCUUCGAAGUCUCCGCUCUUCAGGUUGUUUGCGUCAUGUUGUUCGUGUCUUCAUUCGCUGUCGGUCUUGGUACCAUCCCCUUCUUGAUCACCGCCGAAGUUUACCCUACUUAUGCUGUUGGUGCCGCUUCGUCCGCUGCCUUGGUCAUCAACUGGCUCUGCAACUUCAUUAUUGGUCUUGUUUUCCCUGCAUUGCAAAGCGCAUGUGGUCCUUAUGUCUUUUUGAUCUUCACUGGUAUUGCUGCUGCAUCAUCCGUCUUCAUGUUCUUCUACGUCCCCGAGACGAAGCGGAAAUCUAUUGAAGACAUUGGUCGUUCGCUCGGCUGGUACGAUCUUGACAUUCAGCAAUACUUGAACAAGAAGAAAUAA